UGAACUGAAGUUUGAGUUCCUCUGCGUGAACGAGCACAUCGGCGACCUGUGAACCACCAAACGAAUCAGAGUUUACAAACUGUUCUCGUUUUCUCACGUUUCACGUCCAGGUCACGCAGGCUCAGUGUGUGAAGACUCAGACCGAGUUUUACCGGCGAAGUCGGAGCGAGAUCAUCGAGGGCAAAGGUCACACGAUGGGCGCUCUAUACUGGCAGCUCAAUGAUGUUUGGCAGGCGCCUUCGUGGUCGUCGAUCGAGUUUGGUGGGAAAUGGAAAAUGCUGCAUUAUUUUGCACAGAACUUCUUCGCCGCCGUCCUGCCGGUCGGCUUCGAGGAUGACGACACGCUGUUCAUCUACGCCGUCUCAGACCUGAGUCACGACCUGAAGCUCAGAGCUGUGGUGUCCGUGUUCUCCUGGUCUGAUCUGGAUCCAGUCUGCAGGCUGAAGUUCGACCUGCUCCCGGUGCCUGGAGGCAGCGCCGCGGCCGUGGUUAAACAGCCAGUCGCCGCCCUGCUGGACGGAUGUGGACGCUGCACCCGCCUCUCCUGCCUGCUCACCUUCCACCUGGAGGACGGCGACGGCGCCCAGCAGGGUCCCGCCAACCACCACUUCCUGAGCUCCCCCAAAGACGCUCAGGGACUGCAGAGACCAAACAUCACAGUACGACGCCGUGUUCAGAGGAGCUUUCAUUCAUUUAUACACAGCU